AUGUCCAACCAAAAUUGCAGGCGCAAGCGUUAUAAUGUGCCGCGGCUCCGGCCUAAAGGACAAAAAGAACGAGGUCUCCAACUAGAUGGACCGAUGACAUCGUCAGAGUCGCAGGAUAGAGGUGGCGACAAGGACGACGCGGUGGACGUCGAUAAGAGGAAGGCCUUUGUCUGUCAAAAUGGAUUGCUUCUAUCAAAAGCUGAAGAAAAUGCUACCAUAUCACCAGAGUCACCUGCACUGGAUUCAUCUACACAGACAUCAAAUGUUCAGCAGUCUACUGCACAAGAUCCAGUUACACAGCAAUCACCUACACAGGGAUCUAUUGCACUAAAUUCAACAGCACAAGAACAACCUGUGCAGAACACGCCUGCGCCAGAAUUAAUUACAAAGGAUCUACGUAAACAAAACAUAUUUACAACGGAUAAUUCGACAUCAGUAUUCACGGCUAGACAAGAAAAUACGACAAAAGAAUCAAAAAACAGUGAUGAAGAUGUAGUUUUAAGAGGACAACCUAAGCUACAAAAUGAAUUUCAUACAAAACAAGAAGAUGACAUUGAAAUAAAGUCCACAGCAACAAUAAAUAAAACAGCAGAAGAUACACAUAGUGAUGUAACAUUAAAGGAAGAAACGAGAAAAGAAGAAACAUCUACAUCAAGUACAGCUUACACUCCACCAGUACCUUCCAAAUUAACUAAAAUUACUACGGCAGACAAAUAUGAGGCAACAAAUAAAAAAUAUGAAUAUGAAAAAGUCACAAAAGACAGUGAUGAAGUCAAACCAAAACUAAUCCCUAACUAUAAGAGAGCUUUCUAUAUAGAACUAAAUACAACUACACCUGUCACUAGUCCUCCGACUCCACCAAAAGGUGUUUUGGACACUAUUUUUGAUCCUGUUAUAAAAGUUGGAGACGACAUUCAGAGGGUAGUGUCCAAAGGCGUAGAUUCAGCGAAGAACUUCGCAGAUGAUGCGUACAAAGCUGUGAGAUCGGUCUUCUCCAACAUGUUGAAUAGAUAA